UUUUUGCUCUGGAAGGGAUUUAGGGAUGGUAGUCAAGUUCCUUAGUUGGUGAAGAAACUAUGGUGUCUCCAAGUUUAAAGUUGAUUUGAUAGUAGAUUGAACUCUUUCCAGCUUGAGCAUACCUCAGAAGAGCACCUCCGGUGGUGGCUGCUCAAUUCAUGACCAGAGGGAAGUUUUUGAUGGAUGAGGAGAUGGUCACGGGGCUAGACAGGGGGUGCUGUUUGGAUGUUCAAACCCCUGCGCUUUUCCUCUUUCCUGAGCUAACCCAGCGUCAUCUUGAAGAUUCAGCGGAUGUAAUCCGGGAGGUGCCCAAGCUGCAACGCUUUGUGUCUACAAAGGCUGACCGUGUUGGAGGGAGUGGAGUGGGAGAGGACUUUGGGGCGGAGGAGCUCGUGGAGAUCGCCGCCAUAUCUGGUACCAGGUCUCCAUGUAGGGAGGGGGUUGGGCUUUCCAGUGCUCAGCUUCCUCCUGCCAUUGAGGGAGUAACUGUGCUUUUGCGGAGACCCAGAGGCAGGCCAAAGAAGACCGAGGCUAAGGGAAGCAUGAAGGUUCCGCCGGUGACUAUGGCCGAUGCAGCGACCAAUGGUGAGGAGGUGUCAACCGGAAAAGAGCUGAUGGUUCUCUCUAAGGAGCUCUCUAAUCCCUAUAGCGUAAUGACGCAUGCAAGAAGUGCUAUCUUGAUGGGGAAGCGGCUUGGGAUGACGUACGACUGCCCAGACUUCAUAGCUGAAGGUGAGAUCGCGACACAAAUUUUGGCUAGAAGGGUUUGAUAGCCCUUGUUGAGGGAGUCCCGCUGGUUUUUCUUGGUUGGGUUUUUGUUUUUCUAGAUUGCUUUGUGUCUAUAGGUGGGUUCCUUGUCUUUUGUGGGCUUUGCUGGGCUUUUUUUUACCGUCUGGCACCUUUUUUGGUGGGCUUUGCCUAGGCUUUUUGGGCUUUUUUUUGGCUGAUUUGUCUUUUGAUCCCGUUUUUAGGAGGGUGUUUAUCGUGUAUAUCUCCUCAUUAUUAUAUGAAUUCUAUUUUACUUUCAAAAAAAAAAUGUAUUGUACGAGGAUCAAACUCAAUAGCUCUUCUCGCACACUCGGUCUGUAUUGUCAACUAGGCUACCCCUUGUGAUCUGUUGGAAAAAUAGUGAUAUUUCAAAAGUUUCAAGUCUCA